GCAUGCAUACAGCUGUCAACAUCCUGAUGUAAUUUUCUCCAAAAUGGCGGAUCGCAAAGAAGGUUAGUGCUAGCCCCUGUUUAUGGAUAAAAUAAUCUCGAAUUAUAACAACGAAUCAGCUGUAUUAUAUAUAGCUAAUUCCAUUAGCAAGACAUCUAAACACUUAAAUAUUGCUAUUCGUUCAGCUGCGGCUUUUGACAGUGGGGCUUUACUGACUGGAUGGCUAGCUUUGUUGCUAGCAAUUUAGCCUAAUUUCUAAACAACAAUGGCAUGCAAUCGCCCAUCGCCCCAAAUACCAGCCAUUGGCAUUGUAAAGUUAUUUGUUUGUCACCCAUGGCUCCUAUUCCGACAACAGUAACGUUAUCGCUGAUAUACACUUUAUACUAAUGACGUGAACGUGAUUACUCACGAAACAAGUAUUCCAGUCAUGUUUUAAAUCAAUAAUCUAUGAAUGAAUGUGUUUUGUGUAUCCUGUCAAUACUACUUUGAAGUUACAGCAAAGCUUUAGAUGCAUGCAUUGGAACUGUUUCUUGACUGUGAGGUCAUUGGACUGAAUUUGGACCUGAAUCCUGCCCCUAGGUUGCCUAGAUUACAGAAAGUGAAAGCAAAACAGCUUAAGUUCUUUGUAUGUCUUUCCUUCAUCCCAGAUGACAUCUUAUCAGAUAAGGAUGAUCCAGAGCCGGAGAGCGAGGACGAGACCUAUGAGGUGGUGGACCUGACAGAGUACGCCCGGAGGCACCAAUGGUGGAGCAUGGUGUUUGGGAAUAACUCUGGUCCCCUCGCAGAGAAAUACUCUGUGACCACGCAGAUCAUGAUGGGAGGGGUCACUGGCUGGUAUGUAACCCAAAGCAAAGGUGUAGAGGCUACAUAUGUGUGGAUCUUUGGCCCCUAGUAAACACAUCAACACAUUUCACUGAUGAAAUACAUGGUAUGAGUCAGUGAUAUAGUCAGGUCACUAAACCUUGAGGUCAAGUCCCUAGUCCCAAGUGUUCAAGUCCGAGUCCUUUAUACUUGAGUCACAAGUCCCUUGGUAGUGCUAAAAGGUGCGGUCCAACCAUUAAAAAAAUCUAAAUUCUGUUAAACUGUUGCACAUUUAAAGUCUUUUUCAAAUUUAAAAUUGUAUUUUACCUUUAUUUAACUAGGCAAGUCAGUUAAGAACAAAUUCGUAUUUACAGUGACUGCCUACACCGGCCAAACCCGGACGACGCUAGGCCAAUUGUGCGCCGCCCUAUGGGACUCCCAAUCACGGCCGGUUGUGAUACAGCCUGGAAUCGAACCAGGGGGUCUAUAGUGACGCCUCAAGCUUUGAGAUGCAGUGUCUUAGACCGCUGCGCCACUCGGGAGUAUAUCUAGAUAAUACAGCUCUCUAACAUUUGCUGUUGUAGCUAGUAGGCACCCUAUUUUAAAUUAUGCAACAAAGAGAGAUUUUCUGACAACAAAGUCACUACUGGUCCAGUCCGAGCAGAGCCAUGAAAAUUGUGACUUGAGUCCGAGUCAAGUCUGUGUCCUGGACUCGAGUACUACAACACUGCUAUAAGUCACUCCUUCUCUCUCACAUUCAGGUGUGCAGGAUACUUGUUCCAGAGAGUAGGGAAGAUAGCUGCUACUGCCGUAGGUGGAGGGUUCCUGUUGUUACAGGUUAGAGAUGCAUCAUAUUUUUACUGAGUCAAUGCUGGGUACUGAUAUAAUACACAUCUCUAUUCCAAUGAGAUCACAUGUAAUAACAUGAACGGAGUGCCACUUCAAAUGCAAACCAACAAACACCACUAAUUUUCAUUUCUGCACCUUCUCCUACAGAUAGCGAAUCACAGUGGCUACGUGCAGGUGGACUGGAAGAAAGUGGAGAAGGAUGUGAAUAAAGCAAAGAAACACCUGAAGAAGAGAACCAAGCAAGCAGCCCCUGAAAUUAACUCCUUCAUCGAGGAGGUAAAGGUAUCAAUAACACUGCCUGUCUUUCCUAAUCGUAACUCUAUGGUAGGCUAUUGUGCCUAUAGUAUUAUGUGAUUCUAAAAGGUGAACAUGUUUGAGAUGUGUGCGUGCACAUGGUCCUUUAUCUAAUUGUUAAUUAAUUCCAUGAGACCAACACCAGUACCUGGGUGUGGGAGCUGCUUUUUUGAUUCAAUUGGAUUUACAGUGCCCUUGAAUCUCAGUGCCUUGCAGUGCAUGUACUUAUGAGAAAAAAAGUAUACUUAAUUAUCAUAUUUGGGAGAAAUAGCUAAAUUCAUAAAUACCUGAGUCAUCCGCAUCCAUUUGAUGGACUAAUAAUGCAGCAACAGCGCCCUCUAGUGAACUCACACGAUGUACAACCACAUUCCUGGAUUUAUCACAGUAUACCCUGCGUAUAAGAUUCUAAUUUUGCCAUCUAUUAUCAGUUCUAACCCUUCAGUUAUUGGAGGUGACCUCUCACAGUUUGCUUGUUUUCUCUUCUCCUUCCCCUCUCUGCAGGCCACAGAGUUUGUCAAGAGGAACAUCGUCCUGUCCAGUGGGUUUGUGGGUGGAUUUCUCCUGGGCUUGGCCUCUUAAGGGAGUCGGGGCCAAUCCACAACUGAGGAAGUUGUCACAUAGGAAGAAGGAAGCUGUCAUUAGUGUGAACUGAGUCGCCACACGGGAUGUUGUCAUUAACUGUGAAUCGUUGUCUUUCUCCCAGCACGGAAGGAGUCAUUAGACGGGUUUGGGAGAAAGAUUAACAUGUGAAGCUGCCAAUUUAUGCCCCCCUGGGUGCUCUUUUCCCUUGCUGCUGAACUGAUCUGAGUCUAGCUUGUCCACCCUCCUUUUUAUUAUAUUUAUCUGGUGGAGUCUGAUCCAGGAUCAGUUGUUUGGGCGUGUUGUAUAUGGACACCCUGUACCUGUAACCAACCCUCCUGGUCUUACUACACAACACAAGAAAGCAGGGUCGUGUUCAUCAAGGCAAACUGUAACAGAAACAAACAUUCUUAUUGGACAAGUUCAGAUAGUGCCGUUUCGGAGUGUUUCGUGCCUACUGAACACGACCCAGUACUACACCAUGUACAACACAUCAGUGAACAGACUAUAAAGGAUAUACAUUGUUCUACUUCAUAUUCAUCAUCAGCACUACCCCCAACAUCAAUGUAUGUGAAAAUGUUUUGAAUCGGCU